GCAAACGGGCGUUGAGUGACGUCCAUACGAUACCAAGAUGAGCUGAAGAUAGCUUGGUUGGCGCGUGAGCUAAGGAGUGCGACAAUGGGGGAUUCGACGGACGCAAUGGCUGCGCCGCGCACGGAUCAGCAAACGAGGACGGCACAGAAGAAGCCAGCAAGCGUCUGUGACCUUCCCGAGACCAGCUUGAUUGACAUCGCAUCCUUCAUCACCUCCUCAAACCUCCGCCAGCUGUUGGGGAUACAGCCCUUCAUUCCUGCUGUCAUCGAAGCGGCAGCCGUGAGCAUGAUCCAGCGCGGCUAUGACCUCCCUCCGUCCUUUGCCGAUCCCUCGAAGGAAGCUUUGGACAACCUCCACGCUGCUGAGGUGAUGCGUGGGACGGGCAGCGGCACCAUGUCCGUGGGUCAGGCGCACCUGCUGCUCCUGACGAGCGGGGAGGAGCUCCAGGGCGGCGGCAACAACUACGAUGGACAGGUGGGUGAACAGGGGACAUGUUGCUGGAGGUAGAGAGGAUCCGUGGAUGUGUUGCCUUCUGUUCUUCUGUCAGCUGGCGCUACGUGACCGGAAUCAGCGCUCCAAGUUGCGGCCGUGUUUCGAGGGCCUCACGGGGGACAACAGACCCCGCAACAUCGUCUGUGUGGGCGCCGGCGAGGCGCACAGCGCACUCGUGACCGCGAGAGGCGAGGUGUGGACGUUUGGACAGUCGGUGGACGGGCAGCUGGGGUACAGCCUCCCGCUCCGCAAGUAAGUAAGGAAGGCAGCCAUGCCCUGCAGACGCACACAAUGACGCUCUCCCAUCGUCCUGUCUGUCUCUUACUCAGUGCGCCGCCUCGCCGAGUGCCUCUGUUCGGCCCUCGUGGGAACCAUGCCGUCCAAGUGUGUUGCAGCCGGUUUUUCACUGUCGUGGUGACGGCACGAGGUGAAGUAUUUUUCUUCGGGCGGUGGAGGCGGCCGUCCACUGCUGAUUCCAGUGGACCCAUUAAGGUGGAUUUGAUGCCCGCGCCAGAGCCUCGACCAUCGCAUGCACAGACAGGUAUAGAGAGAGAACCGACACAUGUCGAAUUCGGAUCAUUGCGUCGUCUUACGUGCCGCAGGUGAUCGUUCGAGUGCGUUCAAUCGUUCCGCGUCGACGGUUGUCACGCGCCCUCCGCUCUUCCCGUUCCUCAGCCGCAGGAGCCCGAGGGCAUCCUCCUCUGCUGAGCUCUCACCCACCAGCCCCUUCUUCCCCCACCCCCCCAGCCCCUCCCCUCCGGUGCGACUAGGCCCAGCAACCGAAGUGGCAGCUGCCGAUGACCACUGCCUCAUUCUCACCAAGUGUGGGCGUGUCUUCGUGUUUGGACCUGCGAGCACCGAUCCAUGGGUGGCCGAGGAGCUCCCGAGGCUGACAGCCUUCUCUCGCAGCAGAGGGGGCGUGAUGGCCAUCGCAAACCACUCGGAUCGGUGUGUGUUUGCGACGCGUGACGGGGCUGCCUUCGUCAUGCGGUACACAUUUGGGGCGACAUACGCCCGCAGAAGCGGUGCGGCAGCGGGGCCGACGGGGAAGGAGACGGGCUCGAGUGCCGAGGCAUCUUCUGCGGACGCACCGUGGAUAGACGAGGGCGAGAUCAGGGAGGUGACGUUCUGCCGCGGCGACCACGAAGACGAGGUGCAGGGCGUCGAGAAGGUCCACAUCGUCAGGUACGCAACACGCGCACGAGAGUGCCCCUCUUGCUACUUCAGUAGCUCGAAGACACCCCUGCCUGUGUGUAUGUUCGUCUGUGUGCAGGGUGGCGUGCGGCCCGGCUCACACCCUGUUCCUGUCGGCCAAGGGCGAGGUGUACGGGGCCGGCAACAGCCACUACGGCCAGCUGGCCCUGGGCGCCAACAUCAAGGGCUUUGCCACCAGUGACCACUCGGCCGCCACACUCAUCUACGGCCUGCCUAGCACUGAUUUCGAGCUCGGAAGAGGAAGACGGGGUGGUCACCUUCGCCAAAGGGUCGUCGAGAUCGCCACGGGGGCUGACCUGACACUCAUGAGGGACGAGGAGGGCACUGUGUACUGGUCAGUGUGUGCAAUCAAGGGAAGGGGCGAUGCAUACAGCAUGAUGAAUGGACGCCUUUGGCUCCGUCGUGUGUGCAUAUGCAGGUGCGGCAGGGGCCCCUCGAGUGUCGUCGAGUUCUUCUGGACCGAAACGCCUCGCCGCCUGGAGACGUGACUCGUUCUGCAAGCGUCUCCUUGAUGUAUUGUGUGAGUGCACUACAUGUUCGUCGCUGUCAUGUGUAUGAGUGGCUCCAUUUUUCUCUUGGGUGGGCGGGUGGGGUGGGUGGGUGGGUGCUUUGUACAGUGAGUGAUCGAGUGAGUGUGCGUCGAGCCUAAAAGGCUUUCUGACGGCGAGUGGUCGUUACGGGCGAGACGGGUGCGACCAUGCUUACUCCGUGUGCAUGUGUCCACGAGUGUGUGUAUUUUUCUGCAGUGUAUGACAUGACAUGAAAGACAGAGGAUAGAUGUACAAUAUAUUGCGUGUAGAGAUGCAGACAGAAAAGGAGGUGCCGUAGAUGAACAGGCUUAUGGGACGCGUCAUCACCG